UGUACCUCUUAUUCUUCAAGAGAAACACCUCCAGAAAGCAAUACUAUACCAACAGUAAUAAUAAUAACCACAAUUCCAACUCCAACGGCCGUCAAAAAUAUAACAGUCACUCGAAAAAUAAUAUGGAUACCAUGAUAAAGAGGGCGCACGGAUUAGUGGAACGAUUUAAAUCUCGUGCGGAAAUGUUGAAAAUAGAACCCAAUCCGCCCGGAUUGUCUAGCGGAGGACCAUGGGACCAACUUAAUCAAGAAAUUUGGGAUCUUUUUAUUAAUAGGGCGCAAAAAGAGAAAACGUACGACAUGAAAAUUAACUUAUGGAAAGAUUUAUUUUUAUAUAUAAGGAAGUGUUUAAGCAGUUACGGUUUGUUUAUGGUCGGAUCCACCAUGUCGGGAUUCGGUUUGGAAAGUAGUGACAUCGAUAUGUGCUUGCUAACGAAACCUUGUGCGAACGACCCUCGAUUGGAUUCUCUACACCAUCUGGAUGCGAUCCGCGAACUUCUAGUCAAAAAUGAGGUGACCGCAGAUCCGGAGUUAAUAUUGGCCAAAGUUCCUAUUUUGAAGUUCAAAGAUAAAGAAACAGGAUUUGAAAUCGACUUAAACUGUAAUAACGCCGUGGGAAUUCGAAAUACUCAUCUAUUAUAUAGUUACGCCCGUCUUGAUUGGAGAGUCCGCCCUCUGGUGAUUAUUGUGAAAAUUUGGGCCCAAUCAAAUAAUAUCAACGAUGCCAAGAAUAUGACGGUGUCAAGUUACUCGUGGGCUUUGAUGGUUAUACACUACUUGCAGCGUGGAGUAGUUCCCCCAGUUCUGCCCUGCUUGCACGGAUUGAUCCCCGACAAGUUUAACUCUUUUCCGGAAAAUCACUCGAUGGAUGUCCAAGAAGAACUUCCCACAAUAAAAGAUUUCCAAUCGGACAACACUCUAAACCUGGCGGAACUUCUGAUCGGCUUCUUCAGGUAUUACACCAAUUACGAUUUCAACCACUACGCCAUAUCGGUACGAACCGGCUCCAGCCUACCCAUAGAUGAGUGUAGAUUUACUAAAGCUCCGAAAAACGAUCCACACCAGUGGAAAUUUCUAUGCAUCGAAGAACCAUUUGAUCAUACCAAUACAGCUCGUUCGGUAUUUGAUUUGGAAUCGUUCAAGCUCAUUAAAAACAUCAUCACGGCCUCGUACGAAAUACUCGUUAAUACGAAAAACCUUUCUAGCAUUCUCCCAGUGAACGGAAAAUCGGAAGUAAGAUGAUACAGCGAAAGUUUUGAUCAAAUUCUUUUUUACUAAAGUAAAUCAUGCAAAUCCUUAAUUUACUAUUGGAAUCAAUCUUCCUAUCAAUUUUUAUUUUUCAUUUACCUUCCGCUACAUUCUACACUUCUUAUUUCGAGGCUUCUGAUUCAAAUUUCUUUGUUUUUGUUUUGUUUUCUAUGUCCCAUUCAUUUGUUUGUUUAUAUUUUAUAAGAAUUAUUGAAAACUUCUACUUUUCUUUAUAUUUUAAUAAAAGUAAAAACAUAAACCAUAUAAUAGUUUAUAAGCUUUAAUUUAAAAUAAAUAUUUUUUGGCAUGCCAAUGGCCAAAUAAACUACUAUUCUAGUAUUUUUCCUUAUAUUAAUGCGAAUUUAACUGUAUUAUAUCACUUUCUCAAACAAAUUAUGUUACGCAAGAUUACAGUCCUCUUAUUGACAUCACUCUGACGUUUGACGUCAUGAGUGAUCUGUCAAUUGUCAUGAACUUUAUACAAAUAGUAAAUUACGGACGCAACAGAUUUUAUUUUAGUUUUUGAACAUUCCGAAUUUUUGAUCGAGGCCAUUUUUAUAAGAUAUUUAUUACUGUAUAUAUAUAUUCGGGAGAAAUAUUUAGAUAUUUUUUUGUGUAUGUCUUUGUUUGUGUUCAAUAAUUGACCACCACUACAGGAAGAAGUUGUAUUGGAAUUUAAUUUGCCAUUAAUAACAUUUAUAAAACUCUUCAUAUAAAAAUCAAAAUAUAAAGCAAUCAAACGGAAGAAUCACUCAAAGUGAAUUAUCAUCAAAUCUGAUGUACUGUUUGUAAAAUAUCAGCUAUUUAAUAUGUUUGUUAUACAUCAAAUUUGUCUAUACGUUUUCAUAUGUUUAAAAACUUGACAAAGUCAGUAUUGGAAUAUCGAGAUUUUAUAUAUAAAAACUUUUUUGUUUAAGACAACUUCAAUUUAUUUCGGAAAAUACUUUCCUAGUCUAUUUUUAUUAUCAUUAUCAAUAACAAGUAAUGCAUUUCUUUAUCAAUACAUUUUUAGAUUUACUCAAUUUUUAAUUACUAUUAGUUUUGCUUUUUUUAAUGUAUUUAUACAGUAUGAGUCUAAAAUAUGUGCCCCUCAAUUUUCUAAACUUAUAUCUUAAAUUAGUAAAUUUUUGUGUAACUGAAGACAUCUCUUCAUCAUUUUAAAGUUUCAGUAACGUAAUCAUUAAAAAUGGCGGAUGGAUUCUAUUUUGUAAGAUGAUUUUAAAUAGGUUCAUAAAGGCAAGUAACAAAUCAAUUGAAAGUUCUUUUGUCACGUAGUUUCUAGAUUACUGAUUCUAGAAAAUACCUCAGUUUUCCAUAUUUUGGUAGAAUCAAAAAAUACGACGUCAUCGGCAUUUUUCGUAGUUGGUAAAAUGCCAUGCGAUACAUUAUGUUUAUGCAGAAAACCUUAGUUUUCCACAUUGUAGAGUAGAAUCAAUGUGUUUAUUUAUUGAAAACUGUCAAAAAAUGACGUCAUCUGCAUUUUUCGUAGAUGUCAAUAUGUCAAGUGAUACAUCAUUUAAAAAAAUCUUGUUUGCCGAGUAUGUUCUUAAGAGUUUUUCCACAUUUUGGUAGAUUCAAUUUGUUUAUUUUUUGAUGACUGUCAAAAAUAUGACGUCAUUGGCAUUUAUCUCAGAUGACAAUAUGUCAUACGAUACAUCAUUUGAAAGGUAUUUAUAAGCAUUUUUCUUAGAUGACAAUAUGUCAUGCGAUACAUCAUUUGAAAAAUCUGGUUUGCUCAGACACUUUUCAGUUUUUCCCCUAAUAAUUUAGCAGUCUUUAGCUUUUAUGGAAAAUACCUCAGUUCUCCACAUUCUGGUAGCAUCAACUUACUUGUAUAUAGAUAACUGUCAAAAAUACGACGUCAUCGGCAUUUUUCUUAGUUGACAAUAUGUCAUGUGAUACAUCAUUUGAAAGAUCUUGUUCACUUUCUCUGUUCCUAGAGCUUUGUGAGAUUCUGUCAUGUUUUUUUAAACAGUGAUCAUUUAAUUAUGAAAAUUGUCGUAAAUUGAUUCCAAGUAAUCGAAUAACUUUUCUUGUUUGUAGAAUCACACUGCGUGACAAUAGUUUUCAAAUGAUAUGUCACAUGUCAUUCAUAUUUAAAGGAAAUGUCAGUAACGUCAUAUUUUUGACAGAUGUCAACAAAUAAACCAUUUUCCAGUCCUAUGGCUAUUAAAAUAUAAACGGUUGCCAUUUUCAAACAAAACAAUAGAAUUGCACAAGAUAUAUGUACACACUUUCAAAUGAUGUUACUUGCCAUAUGAUUAUUAGGCCACUUAUCCAAUUAUAUUACAAAAUGGCACUCGUCGGUCAUUUUUAAUUAUUACAUCACUGAAACAUUAUAAAGAUAAUUAAAAUAUGCCUUAGUUAUCUCAAAAUUAACUUUACAGUUUAGAAAAUGUUUUAAGACUCUCACUGAACAUAACAUUAUUAAACAUUCUAGAAUUUUCAAUGAUUUUUGUCAUAAUGCUGGUGAUUUGCUAUCAUUCAUAUAGCCUGAGAAGUAAAAUGCAUGAUUUUUCUAUGCAAAACAGUUAUUAAGAAAUAGGAAAUAGUCACACAGGACUAAAUCAGGCAAAAAUUAGAGUGGUUUAUCACUUUUGUCUCACUUAACGCUAUCGAUCAAAGCUCAUUUAAUCGAGGAAAGUAUUUUCUGUGUAUCCCAGUGAGAUAAUAAGGUCAAUUUGUUGUUUUUAAUAUGUAGUUAUUUAUAAAACUAAAAAAAAUCAAAUAAUUUAAAAUGCUCACUACGAAACAUUUAUAAAAAAUCGCAGUGGGCGCAAAAAAAUGUCAGUAUUAGUUUCUUUUUGUUUGUAGUAUUAAGUUCAAAUUUAAAUAGCUAACGGAAAAGUAUAAUGUGUUACAGGUAUAUAAAAGAAAAUUAAGAUAAAGUUCGUUUAACAAAUUUUGCCGUGGUGUUUGAAUGAAACGUUCGUUCAGACAGUGACAGUGCUGUUGUACGUACUUUGGGAUUGGCGUCAUAGUAAAGUUACCUGAGUGAUUGGAAUCUUCUUUAAUCCUCUUCUCAGGAUGUGGGUGCCACGUUUUUUAUGCCGAUAUAAGCAACGCGAUCAAAGUUAUUCAAGAGAAUAUUUAACAAACUUAAAAACAAAUACUUAAAUAAUUGGACAGCAUGAUCGAAAACCAACAAAAAAGUCUUCAUAUUGUGGUAGAUCUAGGUACCCCUGUACCUGCUUCAAGAGACACCUCUUUGUUUCUUUUAAUCAUAUAUGUGUUGUAUCUCGUAAGAAGUCCAAUUCUAUGGUGUUAGCUAUAACCUAAGAUCGUUCAUAACACAUUUUUUUAAGUACAUUUUAUGUUUAUAGUGUACGUCAGAUUUUGAUGUUUUAGCUGAAACUAGACCUUUACACAGCAUAUUGCAACAUAAUGAAAAGAGAGCAAACAAAAUCUUUGUGUUUCGCAAUUGAGUGACUGGUAGGGAUUGCAAUCCAGCAGCAUUUUCAGUCCAAUUCAGGCUCAGGAUUCAGGCCAAUCUUGUAAAAAUCAAAUUUGACUACAAUCGACUACUAAAACUUCUUAUUUGACGUUUUAGUUU